AAUAUUUACAAUAGACCUUGUAAUAUUGACAAAGACCUGGUAGAGUCAGACAUCAAGGGAAAUACUCCGUGUAGUACGGAAAUCAACGAUAUAUCAGCUGCUACUACCAUUAUGAAAUCUCAAAUUGUGUCUGAAGAGAAGAAUAUGCCUGAAAGUCCUGAAUCAAUAUUUUUAACAAUGAUUGACCAGAUUGAAAACAAUACAGUCUCCAAAAUAAUUUGUGAAACCUGA